AUGAACAAGCUGCAGAGACUGCUUCAGAGCAAGAUCCUGAUUCUGACAAUAUGUGCCGCUGGGAUUGGAGGCACUUUCCAAUAUGGUUACAACAUCUCCAUCAUCAAUGCUCCAACUUCAUACAUCCAGACAUUCAUGAAUGAAACCUGGCUGGAGCGCACUGGUGUUCCCCUUGAGAGCAACGUGAUACUGCUGCUGUGGUCUUUCACUGUCUCUGCGUACCCUCUGGGAGGACUCACUGGGGCGGUUGUUGCUGGUCCCAUGGCCAUCAUGUUGGGAAGGAAGAUGUCCCUGCUGCUGAACAAUGUCUUUGUGAUCAUAGCCGCAGUCUUGUCAGGAUUCAGCCGAAUGGCAAAAUCCUUUGAAAUGAUUAUGCUCAGCAGAUUUUUUACUGGCAUGAAUGCAGGUGUAAGCAUGAACAUUCAGCCCAUGUAUCUGGCGGAAAGCGCCCCAAAGAAGCUCAGAGGAGCUGUGGCCUUGACUUCUGCAUCGUUUACAGCCCUGGGGUUGGUGCUGGGGCAGGUUGUUGGACUCAGGGAGCUACUAGGAGGGGAGGAGAGCUGGCCAUUCCUUUUAGCUAGCAAUGUGGUGCCUGCCCUGAUCCAGCUCACGGCUCUGCCUUGGUUCCCUGAAAGUCCCAGAUACCUCUUGAUUGACCGUGGAGAUAAAGAAUCCUGCAUCUCUGCACUGCAGAAGCUCAGAGGGAACAGUGACCUCAGUGCAGAGCUGGAAGAGAUGCUGGCUGAACAGGCUGCCGUUAAAGGUCAGAGAGCGAAGAACCCUUGGGAGCUGUUCCAAAAUCCAGCUUUGAGGUGGCAGCUGAUGAGUAUCGUUGUGCUGAGCAGUGCCAUGCAGCUCUGUGGGAAUGAUUCGAUGUAUUUUUAUGCAGCUUAUGUGUUCCAAGAGGCUGGAAUUCCUCAGGACAAAAUCCCAUAUGUUGUAAUCGGCACGGGGAGCUGUGAACUGAUCACGUCUGUCACUUGUAACAUGAUUAUAGACUACGCUGGUCGGAGGCCACUGCUCCUGGGGGGAUAUAUCUUCAUGGCAGGAUGGGCCAUUGUCUUCAUGGUCGCUCUGAGCCAGCAGACUCAGAUUAGCUGGAUGCCUUAUCUCAGCAUGGCCUGCAUUUUCGCCUAUAUCCUGAGCUUUGGAAUCGGACCAGCUGGUGUAACAGGAGUUCUGCCCACAGAGGUUUUUGAUCAAAUGUCCCGGCCAGCUGCUUACAUGAUCUGUGGCUCUCUGCUCUGGUUCAACCUAUUUCUGGUUGGAACAGCCUUUCCAUUCAUUGUGAAAAGUCUAGCACAUUUCUGCUACGUCCCAUUCCUUGUGGUCUGCGUCUGCACUGCACUCUAUGUUGGGUUUUUCCUUCCUGAGACAAAGGGAAAGUCCUUCCUAGAAAUCUCGGAGGAGUUCAAGAAACGGAACUUCAAAGCUCACACCCAUGCGGUUUUUUAUAAAGGCCCUGAUGAGAUCAAAUCCACCAUCUUGUAG